AUGGCCUUCCUUAAGUCUCUCGGCCUUAUCGCCCUCGCUGUUACAGCUUCUGCCCUUCCCCAGGGCUACUGGCCCACUGCAACUACCGCCACCGUCAGCACCACGACUGUGACCGCAACGGUCUCGGCCGUGGCCUCGUUCUCAGCCUCAGCCUCAGCCUCUGCUUCUGCCUCCGCCUCUUCCACUGCCAGUGCCAGCACCGGUGGCGGUGUCAACAUCGUGAACAACCUGGACCAGACCGUCUACAUCUGGUCGACCUCAAACACCGCCAGUGAAAUGCAGACUGUGACCCCGGGUGGUGGCAUCUACACCGAGAGCUGGCGCACCAACUCCGACGGUGGCGGCAUUUCAAUCAAGAUGUCCACCUCCGAAAGCGAGGACAGCGUGCUGCAGUUCGAAUACACCAAGGGCGACAGCACUCUCUGGUGGGAUCUCUCUUCUAUCAAUCUUGCUUCAGACUCGUCCUUUGUUUCAUCUGGUUUCGCUGUCACUACCGAUGACUCUAGCUGCACUUCUGCGAAGUGCGCUGCUGGCGACACUACUUGUGCCGCCUCGUACCAGGAGCCGGAUGAUGUUGAUACCCACAGCUGUUCGACAUCUGCUGCUUUCACCCUCAAUCUGGGUUAA